AUGCAUAAUGUUCACUUAAUUGGAUAUUUACCUAUUCAUUACAAAUUACUUCAUAUUAGUGAAGCAGUUUUAUUAGAAAGAAUAUUGAGUUUGGGACAAAACUAUGUCAAACUCAAAGAGUAUAUAGAUUUAAUCAAAAGUCAACAAUUCAAAGAUAAUGAUAAAAUUGGAUUAUAUAUAUUAGCAUUUGCAGAAUUUUUAAGUUUCGCUCUUGGGCCUUAUUGGGACGACAUUGUUUUAUUGGAAAAUGAAAUUUUAUCCCAAUCUCAUAAUUCAUUACAUUUCAUAUGGAGUAAAAUGCAUAGACAUACAGAUUUGCUUUCUGGCUUGCUUUCUCUUGUUAUAUCAAUUAAAAGCCAAAAUUCUUAUGGAUGUUUAAUACUUCAGCAUCUCCAUCAAAUUUUAAUAUCCGAUGUGGGGCCUACAAGAAAUGCUGUUGUUUUGAUAAUUGAAGGUAUUAAUGAAAUAUUUUUUCGUCAAAUUUCUUCGUGGAUGUUAUAUGGAGAUUUGUUAGACACUCAAAAUGAAUUUUUUAUACAUGAAAGUUCUUUAAAAGCAAAUGAAAAUACACCUUUUGAAAAAUAUUGUUUAAAUUGCAAUAUGCUUCCUAGUCACAUAGAUAUUUCAUUAGCAUUAAAAAUAUUAAGAGUUGGACAAACUGUUUUAUUUUUAAGAUCAAAUCCUAAAUAUUUAGUUAACGAAGAAUGGGAAGAGAAAAGAAGUGAAAUUUGUGUUGACAAAAGUGGUUUAUUCGGUGAAAAAGAAAGAGAAAUGCAAGAGAAAAUAGCAGAUUUGAGACAUUUAAGCAGAUGGAAUGAAAAUGGAAAAGUAAAUAAUGUAGUUUCUCAAGUAUCUUCAUGCGUUACUCUUCAAUUAUGGAUUCUUGCAGUCCAAGAUGCAAAACUUAUUGAACAAUUUCAUUUAAUUAACGAUUUUUUUCUACUCGGUCGAGGAGAAUUAUUUUAUGAAUUUGUCACUCAAGCUGAUCGAUAUUUAUCAUCGAAAUCUGUUCCCGUCAGUUUCGAUCUUAAUUUGCUUCUACAAGAGUCGGCGAGAAAAGUUUUAAUUAAAGAAGAAACUUUACAAAGAUUAAGUUUGGAAUUAGUCGAUGGAUUAUCAGAAAAAAACAAAGAUGAAUCCGAAGGAGAAUGGAAUCAAUUAUAUGUAAAAUAUCACGUGCCAUGGCCGCUUCAUUUGCUUUUCACCAAAGAAACGUUAAAAUUAUAUAAUAAAAUAUUUAGAUUUUUAUUGCGUUUAAAAAAAAUCGAAGUUAAAUUAGAAAAAUUUGGCUUUUCGAUAAAUCUAAAACGUGAGUUUUACCUUUAUUUAUACGACGAAGAUAAUUUAAAAAAGCGUCAAUUGCAUAGAAAUUUAUGGUUUCUCGUCAGCAAUCUUCAAUAUUAUUUUCACGUCGACGUUUUAAACACGCAAUUUAUGAUACUUUUAAACGAAAUCGAAACGAGCAAAGAUUUCGAUAAAAUACUUAACGCUCAUGCGAUAUUUUUGGGAAAUCUUAACCGACAAUUAUUUUUAUGUGCCGAUCAAACGGAAAACAAAAUACAAAAUCCCAUAAAACGAAGUAUAAUUAAAAUAUUAGAAUUAUGCGACGAAUAUUGUUAUCUAGUAGAAUAUCAAUCCGGUUUGGAAAAAAGAGAAGAAAAAAUAAAUUGCAUGUUGACUCGUUUCGAAGCCUUCGUUGAAUUUCUUUUGAAUCAUUUAUCUGGAAUCAAUAGUCAAGUUGUUCAUUCUAGCAGUCAACAUCUAUCACAAUUUUUACUCCGAUUGGAUUUCAAUUCAUUUUUUUCUAAUAGAUUUUCAUCAAGUUUAAGUGCUGUUUAUUAUUAA